AAGCGCCUAGGCGCUUCAUCGCCCUCCUCCCUCGUUCUUCACCAGUUCACACAUAUCCCAUCCGGCACGCUUGCGCGGUCGCUCUAAUCAAUCAAGAUGCCUCGCAAUCAAAGCACAGCAGCCCGCAUCGGGUGGGGAGUUGUCAAGUGGCUUCCUUUCUCGAUUGUCUGCGCCCUCAUCCUCUUUACAUGGGGAACAAUGACGUUCUCGCUAGCCAUCUCUUAUAACAUGGUGCACGUGGGCGCGUGGCUCAAAGGGCUCUUGGAACUCAUCAUCACGCAGGGCCUGUCAGGCAUGACAUUUUGGUCGUUCCUUGCUGCGGUCUUCAAAAAUCCAGGAACCCCGCUGGGCAGCCAGCGACACGCUGGGUCGAGCUUUGAACGCCGCGAUGUGGAAGGGCUAGCAGUAUCAGGACAGAAUACAAACAUGGCCCCCAACGCUAGUAGAAAUCGGCCUGAAGCAGCAGCAGGCUCCGAGCCUGUCGACCAUGUCCAAGUCAAGGCAUGGGAAGAGCCCGAUGGUUGCGACGACCGCGAUGUGUCCGCUCCUCUCCUACCCAACUCUGGGCCGGUAGGGAUAUCCAGACUCUUACCAGGGCAGCCGCAGCUACCCGCACGAACCGGUCGCCAGCAGCUUGACGACCUCGUCAGUGGCAGCUCAGUACUUGCUCAUGGACGCGUAAAAGCCUCAGGCCUGAUGGUCAAGUCUUCGGGUGAUGCAAGAUGGUGUGCAAAAUGCAAUGGGCCAAAACCCGAUCGUGCACACCAUUGCAGCACAUGUGGCAUCUGUGUACUCCGAAUGGACCACCACUGCCCCUGGCUGGCAUCAUCCUGCGUUGGGCUUCGCAACCACAAAGCAUUCUUCCUCUUUCUCUUCUACACGUCGUUAUUGUGUGUGUACGCCUUUCAAGAGAUGGCGCGUGCACUCGUCCAAUUUGUCAACAUUGAGCUGGAUGGAUUCGAGACUUCCCCGAUCGUCUGGGCUGCGGUGUUGUUCAUCGGCUUCAUCUUCGGCGUCGCUGUCAUCCCUUUCACGGCCUACCACGCAUAUCUGAUCUGCAAGAACCGCACCACUAUCGAGAGCAUGGAAGGUUCCGGAAGAAUCCGAAUACAUGCAAGCGACACAAUCACAUCCAGCCGGCCUCGCCUAGAGAAUAGACUGCGAAACCUUGUCCGACGUAGCACGGACAGGGGUCAGGUAAACCGUCCCUCCUUGACGAGGGAGUGGCAGGAUGAGCAGUUGCCGGGCUGGAAGAGCGACGAAGUCCUGACGAAAGAGGAGCGGCGGGCUUUGAAACAAGCAGGAAAAGUGAAUGUGUACGAUAUUGGUCCUUCCGAAAAUUGGAAGCAAAUCAUGGGCCGCCGGCCACUGCUUUGGUGGAUACCGCUGGGAGAACCGGAAUCCGAUGGCUUCAGCUAUACUGUCGAUGCGGAAAAAUUAGAGAACCUACAGAGGAUUACUGCCGAUGUUCGGGGCCCUGGCGGCUCGGACUCGCAUGGCAGGCCGCCGAUGCAGGACAGGGACCCAAGAGAUAUUGAAGCACAGUCUACAGAAGGCUUUGCACUCUUCGCUCCCGAUGAUCAAUUAAACGAUGGAGGAAGGCAUGAAUGAAGGUUCAAUACAUUCUUACAGUGGUCGCUGAAGUAUCUCAUCUGCCUGGUACAACUUUUGGGCCGCAUUGACAACGCCUUCGGGUCCCAAAAAGGCCUCCAGCGCAUCUUGAAAUGCGUGUUGGGCGCGACGCAGC